UAUUGGAGUUUAACUAUUGUUAUAAAUAGAGACGGGGCUGCUGCUGGCUGAGUUUACAUGUUUUCUACAAGUUUGUUCUGAUUAUCCAAAGAAAUUUCAGUGGAGGGUCAUGAAAGAAAUGUCAGCGGCCAGUGUCAGUACGCUUAGUGGGCAGCAGCAGCCUCAGAAACACUAUGGCAUCACCUCCUCCAUCAGCCUGGCUUUUCCCAGGGAGAUUGAUCAUAUGUACACUCAAAAACUCAUUGAGGCAAUGAAGCCUUUUGGAGUGUUUGAGGAUGAAGAUGAGUUAAACCACAGAUUGGCCGUUCUUGGAAAACUAAAUUCAAUUGUGAAGGAGUGGAUUUCUGAGAUAAGUGAUAUCAAGAACCUCCCACCCUCAGCAGUCGCUAAUGUUGGAGGCAAAAUCUUCACAUUUGGCUCAUAUAGGCUGGGUGUUCACACCAAAGGGGCUGAUAUUGACGCUUUGUGUGUGGCGCCCCGGCACGUGGAACGGACCGACUUCUUCCUGUCCUUCUUCGAGAAGCUCAAACAGCUAGAGGAGAUUAAAGAUUUACGGGCUGUAGAAGAUGCCUUUGUGCCGGUUAUCAAAUUCAACUUCGAUGGCAUUGAGAUUGAUCUUCUGUUUGCUAGGCUUGCACUUCCAUCCAUCCCAGACAACCUGGACCUGAGAGGGGACUCCCUACUGAGGAAUCUUGACAUCAGAUGCAUUCGCAGUCUGAAUGGUUGCCGUGUCACUGAUGAGAUAUUGUAUUUGGUGCCGAACAAGGAGAACUUCAGGUUGACAUUAAGAGCCAUCAAAUUAUGGGCCAAGCGUCGCGGCAUCUACUCCAACAUGCUGGGUUUCCUUGGAGGUGUGUCGUGGGCAAUGCUCGUGGCUAGGACCUGCCAGCUCUAUCCUAAUGCUGUAGCAGCCACGCUGGUCCACAAGUUCUUCCUGGUCUUCUCCAAGUGGGAAUGGCCAAAUCCGGUGCUUUUAAAACAGCCUGAAGACAGCAACUUGAAUCUACCUGUGUGGGACCCUCGAGUGAACCCCUCAGACAGGUACCAUCUGAUGCCCAUCAUCACCCCUGCGUACCCACACCAGAACUCCACCUACAACGUGUCCACCUCCACACGCACAAUCAUGAGCGAGGAGUUCAAAAAUGGUUUGACUGUGACCGAUGAAAUCCUAUUGGGUAAAGCAGAAUGGUCAAAGCUCUUUGAGCCUCCCAACUUCUUCCAGAAGUACAAGCAUUACAUAGUGCUUACAGCCAGUGCAUCUACAGAAGAUAAUCAUCUUGAAUGGAUUGGACUUGUGGAGUCCAAAAUCCGCGUGCUUGUGGGAAAUUUGGAGCGGAACGAGUACAUUGUUCUGGCCCACGUGAACCCCCAGUCCUUCCCAGGCUCCAAGGAGAGCCGCAUCGAGAAUGAUUAUGUCUCCAUGUGGUUCAUCGGCAUCAGUUUCAAGAAGAUGGAAAGCUCUGAGAGCGUAAACAUUGACCUCACUUACGACAUCCAGUCCUUUACAGAUACCGUCUACCGCCAGGCCAACAACAUCAACAUGCUUAAGGAUGGUAUGAAGAUUGAGGCGACCCAUGUGAAGAGGAAGCAGCUCCACCAGUACCUGCCUCCUGACGUGCUGCAGCGCAAGAGAAAGAGUAUGGGUGACCCCAACCGCAGCUCCACCGGAGGGGACUCCAAACGCUGCUCCAUGGACGGCAGCCAGCUGGACAGCUCCAGAGACACGGACACGGGGACCCCCUUCAGCUCGCCCACCCCCGUGUGCAUGCCCUUCAAGGCAGAGGUGGAUGCUGAGAGGGUCACGCCCUCCAAACCUCCGGUCCCUCUCUUUGUGGAGAGCCCCCCCCCCUCGGAGGCUGAGCAGGGCAUGUCCAUUCCGGUCAUCGGCUCCAAGCCCGCAGCCUCCCCGGCAGCCAAGCCCCCCAGCCCGACCCCAGCUGGAAGCACCAUCCCCACGGUGGUGGGCCGCAGUGUCAUCCCACGCGCGUCCAGUAACAGCCCCACAGAGCUGCCCAAUGGGGCCGGCCCAGCGCCCCCAAAGAGACCCCACUCUCCAACACUAGAGGAGCCCCUCAAGAGGAGUAACACAGACAUGGGGUUUGCAGCGCCCCCUGCUGGAAGCACCAUUCCCACUGUGGUGGGGUGCAGCGUCAUCCCCUGCCAGGGCUCCCCCACCGGCAGCCCUGCUGACGACCUGCCCAACGGACUGAAUGGAUCGGCCAGCAAGAGACCCCACUCCCCCAGCCUGGAGGAGGCCACCAAGAGGAGCAAAGAAACAGAGGAGCUGGUGUUCUCUGAUGACUCUGCGUUUAAGGAGCCUCUUCCCCCAGCCAGCAAUGGCCAGGAGAAAGGAGAUGGGCCUGGCAUGGACGGCCAUGGUGGCACAAAGCCCAUGCCCAUACCCACCAUCGACACGUCACGAACACAGAGACUACCCAGCAAGGAGCUGCCAGACGCCUCAUCCCCCAUCCCCACCAGCAACCUCCGCGUGGUCAAAAACUCCAUCAGACUCACCCUCAACCGAUAGCAGUGGGGCAGCACAGGUAACUCUGAUUGGACGUGACGGCUUGUAGGUGGUGCGUUAAAGAAUUAAUUUUCUUUAUUUGUGUUCUCUUCUUAAUUUUAAAAAAGAAAUGCACAUAAAAAGAAACAUUAAAAAAAAAAAUCGGAAAAGAAAAAAAAUAGUUUGGAGGCCACACUGAGUGGGUCUCCAGGAGCAAGACUACUGUUAUACGUGUGAGGUUCUGCUUUUUAACCUUCCUCUCGCUCCCUGAAAAAUGCAAUUGUUACAAUGACAAGAGGAAAAAGAACCAACCGAAAUCUUUGUUCUAUUAGUGUUUUUCAUGGGUUUAUUGUUUUGUUUUUCUUUCUUCCUUAUAUUUUUCAAGCUAGGUUCCCCCCUCCAUAUUGUCUAUUUUUUUAUCGCCUUAAUGUGUCAAAUGCUUGCUGAGUCCAUGUACGGCAGCGUGUUUUUGAAAUCAGACUUGUACAUUAGGUAGCUUAUGUAUAUAACUUGUCUUUAAAAAAAAUCACUGUUAGUGUUUCAAUACAGCUGUAUUGUAGGUUUUUAUUAACAAAAAAAUAUGAAAAAAAUUGUCAUGUUUGUUUGUUCCUGUAUAUGAAAUUCUCCUCUGUUAGACAAAAAACUUUUCCGCCCUCCUUCCUAUCCCCAAAAGUUUUGUAAUCACUGUGCAGGUUCUGAUACAGCUUCUGGAAGGAGAUUCUUUUUUUUUUUAUUAUUAUUUUGGGUGGAGGAGAAUGUUUGGACCCGGACUCUGGUCAGAAUGAUGACGAUCCAUUCCCUCUGCUGGUCCCAGUGCUCUAGCCCUCUGACAGAGCUGACCUUUAUCGUUCCCACACACAUCAGCUUAGCCCUCAACCCAAACUAACACGCGUCACCCAGCGACCACAUAUGUAUCCUCUAACCACAUAGCAGAGAAUUUUGAAAAGUGUGUGUGUGUGUGUGUGUGUGUGUGUGUGUGUGUGUGUGUGUGUGUGUGCGCGUGCAUGUGACCGAGAGAGCAAGAUUGGGGUGUUGUGACAAGUUUGUGCUGUGAGGUUUGUGUUUUGUAUGACUGUGCAUGUUCCUGACUUGUAAUUCCCUGUGUUUAGGGUGUUCACCCACCUCUGUGCCUCCCAUGGAGGUUCCUAUAGGACUAGUUCACCCAAAUUUCAAACUUUCCCAACAAUGUUCUCACUUUGGCAAUAGGCUAUUGGAGAAAGACUGCAGCCUGUUUUCAGUCAUCAUUUUAUAAGCUGCUGUGAUCUGAUCUUGCACACUGGCUGUGGUCCUUAACACACAGUUGGAUACUCACCACAGCAAUUCUGAACCCAUGUCUGAGAUUGACAUGAGUGCAUCACAACAGUGUGGUUCAGUCUUUAUGAAAUUAUGUUCAAACAGUGAUUCACAAGGGUUUGACCCAAACCAGUAUUGUUGGCAAGUGCAGGACUACACAGUUUAGGUCCUGGAUGGAUAGUAAAGUGUAUAGCUACAGUAACAACAUUAGAUCAAACCCAGGGCUUACACCCAGCUAUUUGACCUCCAUCAAGGCUAGGACCAGACUGUAGGGUUUUCCCGAAAUUUUGGCUAACUAGUUCAAAGAGCAGCUUCUCCAUAGCUUGACAGUAGAAAUGAGAUUAUAUGAGAAUUCCGUUUUAUUCUUUCCAGGUAAUGAAUCUACCAUAAGCCACUGUUCAAAACUGGUUAGGUGUACAGACAAAGUGAGUGAGCGAGAGAUGCCUGUGUAUUUAAUAGGGAGAAAGAAGGCUUACUAUUCAUUUUGGGGUUUCUUAUUCUUUUAUUUAUAUUUGCAUAUUUGUACCAUGUAAUUUUUAUAUCACAGGUAUUGCAGUUAGAUUUUCUUCUGAAUGGCAUUUACAACUCUCAACUUGAAUCUUCUCAUUGAACUUGGGGAAAUGUCAUUUUUCUUUUCUUUGUUUUCUUUUGUUUUGUAGGGCAACAAAUUGUAUUUGAAAUGGUAUUUUUGUAUGUAAUGUAUAUUUCCUCCUUUAAAAUGAGACCAUAAAACUCACAAAACCCCA